UGAAUAGCUCCACCAAUGAGAGCUCGAUAUCCAGAUCACAUGCUCCUGGUCCACUCUCUACACGGCUGUAGGAAGCCAUGCUUAUCCUUUUCAUGUCUCCUCCUCCUUCCUGCCUCAUCCUUUCUCCCGGUUUUUCCCCUGCCUUUCUCCCUCACAUAUAGGGCUUGGGCAGGUGCAUGAACAUGGGCAUAGAAACAGAUGAGUGCAACAGCAGCAAGAACAACAGAUCUGGAGCUGUGCAUUUUUUUGGUGAGACCAGACCUUAAUCAGCUGCCAGGAGAGAAAGUCAGGGUGUGAGAGUAAGUGAGUGCAGGAAGAUGGAGGACACUCGGCUGAUGGAAGAGAGGAGGGAGGACGGUUCGAGGGCUUCAGGAGCCAAUGCGUCCCUCUCCCCGGCAACCUUAAGCCCGGCUGUUCCUCCGUACGUGAAGCUGGGCUUGACGGUGGCCUACACGGCUUUCUACUCGUUGCUCUUCGCCUUCGUCUAUGCCCAGUUGUGGCUAGUGCUGCGCUACCGGCACAAGCGCUUCAGCUACAAGACAGUGUUCCUCUUCCUGUGCCUGCUGUGGGCGGCACUGCGUGCCCUGCUCUUCUCCUUUUACUUCAGGGACUGUGCGACAGCCAACACUCUUGGGCCCUUCGCCUUCUGGCUGCUCUACUGCUUCCCAGUGUGCCUGCAGUUUUUCACACUCAGCCUGAUGAACCUCUACUGUGCACAGGUUUUCUUUAAGGCCAAGUCGAAGUAUUCUCCUCAUCUGCUCAAGUACAAGUUCCCUUUGUACCUGGUCUUCGUAGGUGCUAGUCUGCUCUUCCUCUUGGUGAAUCUGGCUUGUGCUCUGCUGGUUAAAAUGACGGAUGCGCAAGUUAAGACAAUCGUCUUGGUGCGUGUCACCAUUAACGACUCCCUUUUCGUGCUCUGUGCCAUCUCUCUCUCCGUCUGUCUCUACAAGGUGGCCAAGAUGUCCCUUGCCAGUAUCUACCUAGAGUCCAAGGGGACCUCUGUGUGUCAGGUGACCCUGAUUGGCAUUAUGGUGAUUCUCCUGUAUACAUCGCGUGCCUGCUACAAUCUUGUUGUUCUGGCUUUAACAGACAUCGAAAACAUCAAUUCCUUCGAUUAUGACUGGUACAACGUGUCUGACCAGGCAGACCUGAGGUCCAAUCUGGGUGAUGCUGGAUAUGUAGUGUUCGGAGUGAUUCUCUUCGUCUGGGAACUUCUGCCCACCUCCCUGGUGGUGUUCUUCUUCAGGGUUCGCAAGCCAGCACAAGACAGGAGUGCAUCUGCCAUCCCCAGUCACGUCUUCUCUACCAAACGCUACUUCUUUGACAAUCCUCGACGAUAUGACAGUGAUGACGAUCUGGCCUGGGGAUCCUAUCCUCAGAAUUCUUCAACAAGUUUGUCCUCAGACUGCUAUGACUGGGGCAGCCGAAGCAGCAGCUUCCUCAUAAACCUGGGUGGAGAAAAUCAGCGCUCGUCACCAGGCCUAAACCAUUAACACAGGAGCUCUGCAUACUGCUGUUUGUAAAUCCUCUGACGCACUGCACUUUAACAUGUCCAUCUGCAUAUAUGGGUCUUUACAGUUGACUAACACUUCCGCGGCACAAGCCAUCCAGAAAGGGGAUUGCGUAACGUGAGAUCUAAGGAAGGCAUGUGUUACCAUGGUGAUCACGGCUAAGCGAUGCAUGGGUUACCAUGGGAACCCUGUCUGACUGCAUUGUAAUCUCUCAUGCUGUAACUGAUGUAAAAAGGUACACUAAUCAAGAUUUCAGUUGUCACGUCUUCAAUCAAAAGGCCACAAAUGUCACAUGUAAGUUGUAGUUGUUACUGUAGUACACACUUAUAGCUAAACCUAGUAGGAAUCUGUAUACACUGUAAUUAUUCUCGCUCGCACACACACACACACACAGUACAGUUUUAAUUGUCACACGGAAUCAAAGAAAUCCUUUUAAAAAAUCUUAAUUGGAGUACCUUUAAUCUGAGCACUAGUAACUUCACGUAACAUAAAGUUUAGUCACCAUCAUAUACACAAGUGAAAAUAUCGACCAUAAAAUAAGCUAUUAUUUAUAGCACGAAUGUUAUUUGCUAUAUUUGUGUUGACAAUAAUAAAUAGAAAAAAAGACAAGAAAUACUGCUCCUGUUCCAGCAAUUAUUCCUAUUAAAGGAAUAAACGUCUUUAUUUCUUCUGCAGUAUUUCAUGCCUUUUAUUCAUGCUAGUUGUGAAAAUUACGCUUUCAAUGGAUUUGUUGGUUGAAAAUAUUUUGUUGAGCAUCAGACUGUAAAGGUUCACCAAUAAAGAAAUAUUUUGAUGUUUGAAACAGAAAUGUGUUCUUUUGACCCCAAAAUCUGAAACAGCUAUACUGUUAACAAUAGGACUAUGACUUUACACUCAUUAGGUGUAAUGAGCUCCUUAAACUAUGCUUUAGGAUUUUUAGGUCAGGACAUGUCACCUAUUUUUAAAAUAUGAAACACAACUGAAACCAGAGCUAACUACUAAAGGCAAUCUUUUGUGUGCGUGUGUGUUUUAUUUUUAUUUUAUUAGUUAUUCUAAGCAAAUAUUUUAAUGCUAGCACGAACACUGCACUGCACUAUAUGACAUCAUUAAUAGGGCAUUGGUGAAUACUCGAGUCUGAUUGGUCGGAAGGUGUUGAUUAAUUUUCUAUAACAGUGGCUCUGAUAGUAGUUCUGACUGCAAGGUUUGAAUGAAUGCACUCGCUCCAAUAGUUUUUAAUUUGUAACAAUUUACACAGGGACUUGUAUGGCAGAUGCCCCACAUUAAAUGCGUUGUUGAUAUUUCUGUUGAAGUUGUCUGUUAGGAGAUGUUUAUUUAAAAUUUUUGGAAGGAGUCUUCAGUGUCAGUGACUUGUAGCAGUCAGAGGUAAAGCUGGAACUUCAAAGCUGUAAUUUUUAGAUACAGGAAAGUCUUCAGGACAGAGGCCUUCAAGUGACUGACUGUUUGGAGGUGCUAUAACUUAUCUAAAAACAGGAACUAACUUUUUUAACAGAUGUUUCACAGCGUUUGACAAAACUAUAAAUAAAUAAAAUAUGACAUUAUUUAAUUAAUAAAAACAGUAAUCAUUGGCAAAUUCCUGUGGUAUAGAAGGAAUAAAAUCAUUUCAGGAAAUGUGGUUAUUGGAAAAUAAUUUAUCCAGGAUUAUUCUCUAAUACUUUCUGCUUAUUCUCUUAGAAAGUACACUUUGUAAUGUUUUUUCCCUUACUUAAAUAUACUGAUCAGCCAUAACAUUAAAAAAACAUCCUGAACAUCUCGUUACAAUGGCAUGUCAAGGGGUGGGAUAUAUUAGGCAGUAAGUAAACAGUCAGUUCUCUAAGUUGAUGUGUUGGAAGCAGGAAAAAUGGGCAAGCGUAAGGAUCUGAACCACACUGACAAGCACCAAAUAGCUAGGCAACCGGGUCAGAGCAUCUCCAAAACAGCAGGUCUUGUGGAGUGUUCCUGGUAUGCAGUGGCUAGUACCUACCAAAAGUGGUUCAAGGAAGGACAACCAGUGAACUGGUGACAGGGCCAAGGAUCAUUGAUGUGCAUGGGGAGCGAAGACUAGCCCAUCUGGUUCGAGUCCACAGAAGAGCUACUGUAGUACAUACUGCUGAAAAACUUAAUGCUGGCUGUGACAGAAAGGUGUGAAUAAACAGUGCAUCACAGCUUGCUGCGCAUGAGGCUGUGUAGUUGCAGACCAGUCAGAAUACCCAUGCUGACCCCUGACUAAUAAGUGCGAUCCAUGGAGGCCCCAUCUCGCAACUUAUAGAACUUAAGAGAUACCAUAAUAAAAUAUGCUAUUUCAGUUCCUUCAUAGCAUCUUCUAUGCUUUUCCAGGAUAUCAUGAAUAUUUCCAGGACGUUUGUUCCAUUUUCCAUGUGUUUUCUAUGACUACACUAUAAUUGAUAGAGGAUGAUUGAGAACUCUGAAAAACCAUAUUUGGUUUUACAAUUAUAAUAGAGAUUCGUUUCAGACUGUUUCACAUCUUAUAUCAGAGUUUCUGAGAACUUAAUCCUUUGCAUGCAAUCAGAGGACAAACAUGGAGACGUCCAAUGGCAGACAUUUAUUUCUCCUUUUAAAUAAAUAGAUUUGACAAGUUCACAAAUAAACAAAUGAUCCAUUGUAAUGCACACAGACAGUGAAUAGAGCUGGGGAAAAACUCCUUCUUUUACAAAUGGUGCAAAAUCAGGACUGAAAAGAAAGAAAAACAAUCAUAUCAGAUCACACACCACUCACUCAUUCUGAAGGAGUCUGAUCAUCAGUACUGCGAAAGCCUUUUCCUCCAUCUGAACUCAGAGUAUUUCCUUUCUUAAUAUGAUAUUUAUUAUCAUUUCUUAACCAUUUCAAUAAUAAUAAUAAUAAAAAAUCGCUGG